AAAUCAGGAACUUUCAAAUAACAAAUUAUGUUAUACGGGUAAAAGUUGACACUGUCACAUUAUGUUUUGAUUUAUGAGAUGUUGAAUAGCCUUGUGUUAAAGGCAUAGAAUUACUCCGAGGACUUUCAUAUGUGGGUCCAUCCAUGGGUGCAUCAAUAUUUCGUCGUGUUGCACCCUUGCGUUUAUUAGCGGGAAAAGCAGAUGAAAAAUGGCGGGAACAUUUGACAGAGCUAUAUAUAAUUUGAAUCUAUUCCUCCCCCUAUCAACUUUCUGUUGAAACGCCCAAUUUACUCUAUAAUCUCCUUUUUCUUUUGCGAGAUCGAAGAAAGAAUACCCAAAAAAGGGGAAAAAUGUUUGGAAGCAGUCAAUUGGACUCAUUUUCUGGCGGAGGUUUUAUAUCUUCUCAAGGCGCCGAUCCUUCACGCACUUCUGCUAAGAGUCGGGAUAGCCCACCUCUGCUUCCACUAACAAUUAAACAGAUAAGCCAAGCAAUUCAAUCAACUGAUGAGAAAUCUAACUUUGUUAUUGAUGGUGUCGAUGUCAACAAUGUGAGAUUGGUCGGGAUGGCAUAUAAAAAAUCUGAGAGAGUGACAGAUGUGGCAUUUGCAAUUGAUGAUGGCACUGGUCGCAUUGAAUGCAUUAGAUGGGUGAAUGAUGCCGUGGAUUCCAAGGAAGUGGAGGAAGUAUCGGAUGGAAUGUAUGUCCGAGUCCAUGGACACUUGAAAGGUUUUCAGGGUAAAAUACAACUCGUGGUCUUUGCUAUCAGACCUAUAACUGAUUAUAAUGAGGUUGCUACCCACUUCCUUGAAUGUAUCUAUGUCCAUCAUUGCUAUAGGAAGCCACAGAUUCAGAGCGGUCACUCGGUUUCCACUCCCAGCCAAACUGAUGUACCAGCAGCAGUUAGUGCCUCUUCAAGUGGACACAAUUCCAAUCAAUUCUCUGGAAAUUUGAGCAUUGAUGGACUCAAGGGCAUAGAAAAGAGUGUGAUAGAUUAUUUAGAACAACCUUCAUCACUUGCGCAGGAGAAAGGGAUACACCGGAAUGAAAUUGCUCAACAACUAAAAGUUCCUCUGGAGAAAAUCAUGGACGCAGUAGCAUCUCUUGAAUCGGAAGGACUGGUUUACUCUACCAUCGAUGAAUGUCACUACAAGUCAACAAGUGCUUAAAGCUUUGCUUACAUACUCGUGGAAUCAGAGGAAAAAUCAUAGUUAGCUUGGCCUCGUCAAAUAUAUCAAGUUUUAGAACUGAUUUCUGUCAUGGCAGUCUAGCUUUAAAUUGGAAUAUUUAUGGAUGAAUCUCCUGUGAGAAGUAUUUAUUUUUAAUGUGUCAAAGAGUCGUGGAUCUGUUGCCACUCCUGUUUUGCUGUAAAGAAUUAUCCAUGGAUAGAGAUAACCAGGUCUUUUGUCUUGCAAA